GGGUCAAGAGCACGGUGCUAUGGAGGAGCACACACGAAGGUCACCUGCCUAGGAAUGCCUCCUAGGGUCACCGACGUCAGCCAGGUGAAGAAUAGAGAAGCAGUUCAUUGGAACACAGUGGCGACCUGUCUCUGCCCCCAUGGAGGGUGAGACAGAAAGAACACAUGAAUAGCUGCAGCCGUGACAGUGGCACACAGGAGCGGGCCAUGGUUCCAUGAGAGCCUACAUUGGGGACAGGUGGCUUGAUCCAUGCAUGAAGAUAAGGGAAGUGUCCCUGGGAAAAUGACACUUAACCUAGGUUUUAGACAGGUGUAUUUUGGGCACCGGGAACAGCCCUCAGUCUUCAAAGAGCCUGUGGUGGGGACAGGUAGAGCAUCAGGGACUGAAAGGAAGCAGGCAUGGCUGGUGUAGGGAGAGGAGGACCAGGGGAUUUGGGUGGCGACAGAACCUAGACAGAGAGGCCUUGCAUUGUAAGGCAUUUUUAUUUUGUUUUACGUCUUGGUCCUGAAGUGCCACUGAAAAGCUGAUUGCAGGGAGGUGGCAAGAUCACAUUUUGAGAAGAAGCUGGAGAGAUGCCCAAGUGGAUUAACUGACGCCCUGGACAAGGACAGGAUCUCUGGGAGAAACUAAGGCGCCAUGAGUGCAUUCUGAGCCCCAGGACGACGGGAAUCAGCCAGUGGAUUGCAGGCAUGUUGUGGAAGCUGCUGAUGAGAUGCCAGCCUUGCAAGCUGUGUUCUCUCAGGCAGAUGCUAUCAGCUCCCAAAUACAGGCCUUUUUUAUCACGCUUCCCCUACACAACUGAUCAUCAGUCAAACAAAGAAAACCAGAGAACAGUGGAAAAGCUCUCUAAAUUUUCAGUUGACAUCAGAAAAAUUCGCAGAUUCAAAGGAUGGGUACUUUUGGAGGAUGAAACCUAUGUUGAAGAAAUUGCAAAUAUUUUACGACAAGUUGGUGCUGAUGAGACUGCUGUCGCCAAUAUUUUGGAACGCUGCCCAGAAGCAAUUGUCUGCAGUCCAGCCGCUGUUAACACCCAGAGGAAACUCUGGCAGUCAGUCUGUAAAAGCGAGGAAGAGUUAGUCAAAUUAAUAGAACAGUUUCCCGAAUCUUUCUUUACUGUUAAACACCAAGAAAAUCAGAAGCUGAACAUUCAGUUCUUUCAAGAAUUGGGACUCAGAAACGUGAUCAUUAGCAGAUUUUUGACAACUGCAUCUAGCAUUUUUCAUAAUCCUAUUGAGAAGAAUAAGGAAAUGAUAAGGAUUCUCCAAGAGAGUUAUCUAAAUUUAGGUGGCUCUGAGGCCAACAUGAAAGUUUGGCUACUAAAAUUAUUAAGCCAAAACCCAUUUAUUUUGUUAAAUUCUUAUGCGGCUAUAGAGAAAACACUAGAAUUUCUCCAGGAGCAAGGUUUCACAAAUUUUGAAAUUCUCCAACUUCUGUCCAAGCUCAAAGGGUUUCUUUUUCAACUCUGCCCAAGAAGUAUACAGAACAGUAUUUCCUUCUCUAAAAAUGCUUUUAAAUGUACAGAUCAUGACCUGAAGCAAUUAAUUUUGAAAUGUCCUGCCCUUUUAUAUUAUUCUGUUCCCAUUUUGGAAGAGAGAAUUCAGGGAUUAUUAAAAGAAGGAAUCUCUGUAGCUCAGAUAAGAGAGACACCAAUGGUUCUUGAAUUAACACCACAGAUAGUACAGUACAGAAUAAGAAAACUGAAUUCCUUAGGCUAUAGAAUAAAGGAUGGACAUCUAGCAAAUCUAAACGGAACAAAAAAAGAGUUUGAGGCUAACUUUGGUAAAAUUCAGGCCAAAAAAGGAAGGCCAUUAUUUAACCCUGUGGCACCAUUACAUGUUGAAGAGUAACUUGCUGAUUGAUGCUUGUGAAACUGAGUAGCAAAGACAUAUGUGAUUCCGGCAGCAGUAAUUUUUAAGAACCUACCUAGCUUCUGAUUAUAUGUAAAUUACUUGUAACUAAAAAAAUCUACAACUCAUUGGUCAUAUUUUGAGAUGUAAAUUGUAUUUAUUUUAAAUAAAGUUGGUAAUUUUGACCUUAA